AUGAGCAGAGACUUGAUAAAUGAGAUGGGACCAGAUGCUGACAGGACUCCAACAGGGUUUGGUGGUAUUGAAACACUUCAAGGGGGAAAGCAGCCAGAGGCUUGGGCGCAAUCUCCCCGGUGUUUGGGAGAAUUAAUCAAUGAAGACAUCCACACCUCGAAUUCUCUAUGUCAGCAAGAAAUAAACAUCAAAACAUGUGAUAAUUCCAUACCAAUCAUUGAAUCAAGCAAAAAAUUAUGGAAUCAACAAUAUUUCACUAUAGCAUUUCCCAAACCAUCCCAGCCAGGUGGAAAAAAGAGAUUAAGACCUUCAGAAAUACAAAUCACAGUUCCUCCUGAAGCAAAAUGGAUUCAUAAGCUGCUUUAAAGAACAACUGAGCACUUCAUUUCACAGAAUGGCCUUACCACAGUUAACAAUAGCUACUCUCAAAUGAGCAUUUCUACUUCUGUGGAACUGUAAUAAAUAAAAACAAGUCUUCCGUGAAAAAAAAAAAAGAGAUAGGGGUCGAUGUUUUAGUCUAAGGU